CCCAGCCCACCCCGCCACUCCGACCCUUGGGGGAGCCGCUCGGCGCCCCAGCGCUCCUUGCCACCACGCCCUCAUCUGGGCCCGCCCGUGACCCGCAGCUGCCCGACAUCUGUCAGGCCCACUCCCCUGUGACUCAGUUUCCCCAGCAGUCCCCGGAACUGGAUUCCCGUAUCCCACGCUUUGCCUGCCUUCCGCUCUCCUGCCCGCCUCAAGGCGCCAGAGCAUUUGCCCUUGGGCUCGCGAGACGACCUGAGACUCCGCGGAGCAGCUCCGCAGCCGGGCCAGGUGAGAGCCACAGGUCCUGUCUAUGCCCUGUGUCGUCCUCAACUCCCCCUGAGGGACGCAAGGCCAGUGUCUAUGGGCUGCGGAGGGAGGGGAGGCCGCUGUCUUCUGUAGCCUCUUCAGGCAGAUGUGCCUGACCCUGGGCCAGCCGGAUGGGGUGGUGACCCGCUGAGACCUGCGCCCUCCAGCGCCAUGUGGCCCAACGAUACUGCUCUGGGGCCGUGUUUCCGGCCCACGAACAUCACGCUGGAGGAGCGGCGCCUGAUCGCGUCGCCCUGGUUCGCGGCCUCCUUCUGCGUCGUGGGCCUGGCCUCCAACCUGCUGGCGCUGAGCGCGCUGGCGGGGGCGCGGCCGGGCGGCUCGAGCCCGCGCUCCUCCUUCCUGACGCUGCUCUGCGGCCUGGUCCUCACGGACUUCCUGGGGCUGCUGGUCACCGGCAUCAUCGUGGUGUCCCAGCACGCGAUCCUCUUCGACUGGCGCGCCGUGGACCCGCGCUGCCGCCUCUGCGACUUCAUGGGCGUCGCCAUGGUCUUCUUCGGCCUGUGCCCGCUGCUGCUGGGCGCGGCCAUGGCCUCGGAGCGCUUCCUGGGCAUCACGCGGCCCUUCUCGCGGCCGGCGGCCGCCUCCCCGCGCCGCGCCUGGGCCUCGGUGGCGCUGGUGUGGGCGGCGGCGCUGGCGCUCGGGCUGCUGCCGCCGCUGGGGCUGGGCCGCUACUCGCUGCAGUACCCGGGCUCCUGGUGCUUCCUGACGCUGGGCGCGGGCGCGGGCGACGUGGCCUUCGCGCUGCUCUUCGCGCUGCUGGGCGGCCUCUCGGUGGCGCUGUCCUUCGUGCUCAACACCGUCAGCGUGGCCGCCCUGUGCCGCGUCUACCGCGACCAGGAGGCCGCCCAGCAGCGCCCGCGGGACCGCGAGGUGGAGAUGAUGGUGCAGCUGCUGGGCAUCAUGGUGGUGGCCAGCGUGUGCUGGAUGCCGCUGCUGGUCUUCAUCGCGCAGACAGUGCUGCGGAAGCCGCCGGCCAUGAGCGCCUCCGGCCAGCUGUCCCGGGCCGUGGAGAAGCAGCUGCUCAUCUACCUGCGCGUGGCCACCUGGAACCAGAUCCUGGACCCCUGGGUCUACAUCCUCUUCCGCCGCGCCGUGCUGCGGCGUCUCCAGCCGCGCCUCAGCUCGCGGCCCCGGUCGCUCUCCCUGCAGCCGCAGCUCACCCAGGACGCCAGGGGGCCACUCUGACUGGGGGAAGGGGUGCCCUUUUCCUGCCUGCGGGGCUCCCUGGUCCCUGUGCAACACCCCCUUCCCUGCCCUGCCCCCUCAUGCCCCCAGAACUCCCAGGUCUCCUCCAGCCCCAGGAGGGAGUUUGGGGGCUCCUGGAAGGAAUCGGACUACGAAGCUCAGAGGAGCUAGGCUUCUUCCCGAAGCCUUCUGAGCUGGGGUGAACCUCUAAGAGGAGGCCUUGCUGAGGUCAAAGACCUCCUCCGCAGCCCUACCUGGAGCGGCUCUGCCGAGACCAGGUUCAGCGUGCAGAGUGUGGAGGAGUUGGUCGCGAAGCUGAGGCAGGAGCGGUCUAAACUGAGCCCCGCCUGAGCAAUUUAGCCAUCUAGUGAGAGCCUGUCUCAAAUUUUAAAAAGGGGGUGGGGUGGGGAUGUAGCUUGGUGCUGAGCACU